AACUCUCAGAUUCUCAGGAUAGAUGUCGGAGCGCGUUUCUUGAACGUUGUCUCAAAGCUUCAUCAUCUGAACUGGAUGAGUUUUUCAAUGAAUUGUCACAAUUUCUGAAUAACUCUUGUGAUGAUUACCUACCAAAAUUGCAAACUUUCACUUCUUAUCUAUACGAUGAAUAUUCGAGAACAAUCAGACGUCUUUAUCUCACAUCGCAUUUCAUCAAUUUUAUUUCAAUGCUAAUAACAUCUGUUGUCAUAAAAAAUAUUGGUAACUCCGACAAUCAAAAAUUUGUGAAGUUCCUCGACGACUGCGUCAAACUCCUUUGGCGAGCUCAAAAUGACAGAGCAACCUUUUUAAUUAAUAAUAAAAGAAACAAUAUAUUAUCGCGAACGAUGAGUCGUCUAUUUGAUGCAAUUCUGGAUGCCGAUGGAGUUUUCGGAGUUUUAGUGUCAGAAACCCUCGGUCGACAUUGUAUCAAGCGCGUUCU